CGCCCCUACCGGCACGACUGUAUGAUAAUCUAACGUACAUGGCUAAUGGCUACAGUAUCAGGCUGUAAACACAGUCUCCGAUGCUACAGUACGUUUUUAAAAUGAAAAAUCCUUGAAUCCAAAUGAACAAUUAAUUGCCAUGUUCCCCCUCUGAAUGGGCUAAAGCUGUGAGCUAAAAAGUGGCAAUAAUUUAAUUGAAUGUUGCAUUAGCAAUAGCUUUAAAGAGGUCAGUUUGUUUUAUGCUGGCUUAGCUAACAGAGCAUGUAUCUGUUAUACACUAUAUUAUCCGCACUUUUGUGCUUUUUGAUAUUGAAAUGGCUGAAACGGAGAAGGUAUUGCAUGGAUGUGAAGAGGUUAGAUGGAAAAACGGUUCUUAUAACUGGUGGGAACAGUGGUAUUGGGAAGGAGACGGCUGUGUUGCUGGCUUUGCGAGGAGCUCGUGUGAUCAUCGCCUGCAGGGAUGAGGAGAAAGCCAGGAAGGCUGUUCGAGAGAUCAAAGCCAGGAGCCACAAUAUGAAUGUGCUGUAUAUGGAGGUUGACCUGGCCAACAUGAGGUCUAUACGAGAGUUCAGCAAAACCUUCUUACAAAAGGAGAAACGGCUGGAUAUUCUGAUCAAUAACGCAGGCAUGCCCAGCGUUCUCGACUGGACAGAUGAUGAUUUCUCCAUGUGCUUUGGCGUGAACCACCUUGGCCACUUCUUACUGACGAACCUUCUUCUCCCACGACUGAAAGAGAGCUCACCGAGCAGAGUGAUCACCCUCACCUGCUCCAGCUACAAGUACCAGAAGCUGGACUUCCAAGAUCUCAACUACAACCUGUUCCCGUUCUUCACCUACUGCCGCAGCAAGCUGGCCAACAUUUACUUCACACAGGAGCUCGCUCACAUGAUGGAGGGGAAAGGAGUGACUGCGUAUGCCGUUCACCCUGGUUACGUUCAGAGUAACUGGACCUGUCAUUACUCAGUUCUGUUCCGGAUCCUGGUGCAGGUGGUGAUGUUCAUGUUUUUUGUUUCAUGUGAGGCUGGGGCGCAGACGGUGGUCUACUGCGCUGUAUCAGACGAGGUGCUGCCGCACAACGGAGGAUACUUCACUGACUGUCGGCCGGCUCAUCUAAGAGCCUUCGCUAGAGAUUCUGGAGUAGCAAAAAAACUUUGGGAGGCCAGUGAGAGACUAGUUAAACUGGCCUGAUAACAGUAUACAGUGCUUUUUGUUUGCAUGUUUGAGAAGCAGACUGAUUCUUAUGUUGCUUAUGGAAAACCAUGCUAGUUUUUGGUUUGUAUGAAUGUGAUUUUUAUGGCACUAUUUAGAGUUUUGACGUUGUGUGUGCUGUUUUUUACAGUGUAAUUUAUUUGAUGAUGAUUGAUGUGGUGUUUGACAUGCAGUAUUGAAUUGCCCAUGUUUUCAUUAAACACUUUAAUUAGUGAAGAAUGUAAAUAGGUCUCUACAAAUUCCAUUUAAGAAGAUGGAGGGUGACCAUUUAGAAAUGCAAACAAAUCAAAGCACGAAAGCGUACAAAUCUAGCAGAAUUACAAAGGUUGCAUUAAUGCAUUUGGCAUAUGCUUUUAUCCAAAGCUAUUUACAUUUCCUUUUGCAUUUAUACAUUUGAUCACUCCAUGUCAAAGGUGACAUUUUUAAACUCUAAAAAAGUACCAAAAAAAAAA